UAUAUUUUCGUUUGCCUUAGAAAGUGUAAAAAGGGUUUAAUCUCAGUUACCCAUGCCAUUACGUUUGCCUAGUUUUAUUCAUUCAGGACAGGACGAACAUACAACUUUCGUAAUUCAAGCAUAUACAGAAAUAGCACACAAUGCCGCCUGUUUUGAGAAAGAAAUUGGUGAAACGAUCAACGCCAGGUCGAGGCAAUCGAAAUGCGUUCCAGAACUUUUUGGCUUGUUGUAAGCAGGAGAAUGGUUGGAUAAGAAACGAUAAACUUCAGCUUUCUGCCAGUGCAAAAUGGAACAAAUUUGAUACAAAACAGCGCGGCGAGUUUUCAUACAAUAGAUACAAAGUUAACAUGCCAUACAAGUUAGAUUUGGCCACAUUGGAUGAGAUUUUUGAGGGGCCCUACAAUUUGCGAAGCUUGGACAAUGGUGAAGUGAGGGUUAUCGAGUCUGCCAGAAAUAUGAGCUAUUCAUCUUCAUCGAUUUCCAUCGUCCAGACGGACAUUCAUUCUUCUUCGGAGAUCAAUGAGGUUAGGCAACCCGAUGCCAAACUCAAUGAGAUUGAAGAACUAGCUUAUACCGAGGAGCCCCAAGAAGUUGAGGGGCCCAAAAAAAGGUCCAAGCGCGCAAAGAAAAUUCCAAAGAAAUUGAAUGAUGGUAUGCGUAAGCCGGUGAAGCGGUUGAAAGAAAAUCCUGCCAAAAAGCGAGGCUCCACGCGAAAUGACCCGGCAGUUCAGAACAAACGCCUAUCGUUAGUAGGCCGCAAAACCAGUAGCUUUUGGACCUACAAGAACUUCCUGCGUAGGUUUCGGCAAGCCAAUCCCGGUCGUAUGGCCGUUGAGGCCGCAACCAUGUGGCGCAAAAUGAGCCUUGAAGAAAGAGACGAAUUUCGCGGCAAUAGCUUGGUGAAGCGAAAAACUGCCAUAUCUACGCAGUUUCCUGAGGAACCCUUUGAAUAUUCCGAAAGUGGCAGUGAUAUGGAGCCAAUGCAGCAGGCGAGCGAUGGCCAACUCCCAGUUUCGACGGAUAGAAGAGAGUCAAGAGAAAAUAAACGCGGCUUCCUUUCGCAGGCUCUGAAAAAAGUAAAGAGUUUUUUCUACUAACUAUUUAUUUAUCGUUUGUACUCACAUAAUAGUAAAAAUUCAAAAAAAAUAUUGCUUAACAACUUGUCAGAAUAAAAGAGAAACAAAUA